AUGGAAGCUUCAGUGCAGAAACAGGUCGACCGCUUCUGCCGCCAAUAUCUUCAACUGGAGCAGACGCUGAAUUAUCCGGAGCCUCAAUACAUCAGACGCUCCGAUGUGCAAGAUGCCAUCUAUCAGAGGCUCUUUGCCGAAGGCGCUCUUCCCGGAGGCUCUCCUCCGCUGAGAUAUCAAUUGCGAGUGCUCAAAGAGCUCAUCUCCCGCAUUGAGGCCAGCAUAGAAGACUGGGAUGAGCAUGGAGUGUCCGACUGCCUCAUGUCGUCUCUCUCCGUCUUAUUCUCAACGCCAGCUCCCAAUGAGAAUGAUGCUGUGCAGCAAAAGUACCCUGUUGUUUAUCAUCUCGCAUCAUUGCCAGGUCACGAGGCUCACAUCGACCUGUUUGAGAAUCGUGCCCUCAUCGCUGCAGGCGGCACUACAGGGCUGAGGACCUGGGAGGCAGCGCUUCACUUGGGACAGCUUCUCUGUCAUGGUCCCAGCAUUGUCUCGGGCAAACGAGUUCUAGAGCUUGGGGCGGGAACCGGGUAUCUUUCCAUCUUGUGUGUCAAGUACCUGGGGGCAACGCAUGCCAUAGCAUCCGACGGCUCCGACGAUGUCAUCAACAACUUGCCUGAAAAUCUCAGCCUGAAUCAACUUCAAGACUCGAGUGCCAUAAGUCUCAUGAAACUCGAGUGGGGGCAUGCACUCGUAGGAAGCGAAGAGAAGCGGUGGAACGGCGGCCGUCCGCUCGAUGUUGUGCUCGGGGCCGACAUCACGUUCGACCCAAGCGUGAUCCCGGACCUGGUAAGCACGCUCCUGGACCUUUUCAGUCUGUACCCUCAUGUUGAGGUCAUCAUUGCGGCGACGCAACGAAAUCUGCAGACGUUCCAUGUCUUUUUGGAACGGUGCAUGGGCGAGGGGUUGAGGGUGGAAGAUGUCUCGUUUGAGAUACCGCCGCGUGAUCAACAGGAAGGACCAUUCUACAACGACCAAGUAGCCAUUAGGAUCUGUAAGGUAUCCAAAUCAUGA